AAAUUGCAGCAUAUAAGCGGUGAAAAGGCGAAUGUUACGGCAGCUCCAAAUAUGGGGCGCUACUUAACUUAUUAUAUGAUUGCACGACAUUAUAAACUUGGUCUGUCGUACGUUUUCGAUACACUCGGUUAUAAGAGUGUCAUUAUUACUGAAGAUGAUCUCGAUAUAGCACCAGAUUUUUUCGAUUAUUUUAGUGCAACCCGUUAUCUGCUAGAACGGGAUCGCACAUUGUAUUGCGUGUCAGCGUGGAAUGAUAACGGCAAACCAAAUCUGAUCGAUACGAACGCGUAUGAUUUGUUGCAUCGCAGUGAUUUCUUUCCAGGUUUAGGCUGGAUGAUGACAAGUGAGCUGUGGCAAGAGCUUGGACCAAUCUGGCCCACGGGUUUCUGGGAUGAUUGGAUCCGUGAUCCGGCACGACGAAACAAUCGAUCUUGCAUUCGUCCGGAAAUCUCACGAACCGCGAUGACGCCUGAAGGCAAGAAGGGAGCCAGCAAUGGAUUGUUCUUUGUUAAUCAUCUGAAUAAAAUUGUCCUCAAUACUAAGCCUGUGAAUUUUACAUUGCUCAAUUUGGAUUACUUGCUCAAGGAGAAUUACGAUCAACAUUUCAUCGACCAUGUCUAUUCAACACCUUUAUUGCCAUUCUCGAAGUUGAGAGCAAGAAUUGCUCGAGGAGUUGGCAACAAGAGCCGAGAAUAUCGUAUUGAAUAUGAUAGGUUAGAAAGGUAUCUGGAUAUCGCUAAACAACUGCAAAUUAUGGGUGAUUUCAAGGUAGGUCGACGACUCUAUAAGUCAUGA